UGGGCAGCCUGUGCCAGUGCCCAGCUGCUGUUUCAGAGAAGAAACUUUUCCUAGUAUCCAACCUUUAUCUCCCUUGGCACAACCUGAGGCGGUUGCCUUGUGUCCCAUCACUAGUUGACUGGGAGUUGAGGCUGAUCCUCACCUCACUCACUGCAACUCCUUUCAGGUCACUGUAGAGGGUAAUUAAGUCUACCCUACACUUCUCCAGACUGAACCAUCCCAUUUCCCUCAGCUGCUCCCCAUCAGGCCUGUGCUCCAGACCUCUCACAGCUUUGUUGCCCUUCUUUGGACACAUUCUGGUGCCUCGGUGUCCUUGUAAUGAGGGGCCCAAAACUGAACACAGCACUCAAGGUGCAGCCUCUCCAGCACAGAGUACAGAGAUACAAUCAGCUGAUUGUAUUUCUGAUACAAACUGGGAUGCCAUUGGCCUUGGCCACCUGGGCACCCUGCUGGCUUACGUUCAGCCAGCUGUUGACCAGCACCCCCAGAUUCUUUCCAGCUGCACAACUUUCCAGCCACUCUACUUGAUGCCUGUAGCAAUGAAUUUUUCCUUCCUGCUUUUUUUUCUCUAAUUUUGAAUUCCUACAAAAAUAAUACGAUAAGGCAGGGAAUAUCUUUCAGAGAACCUCUUCCAGUGCUCUGAGUAAAAUGGUACAGUUACGCUCCUAGCAUCCAGAAUGAAAGAAGCCUAUGGCCAAUUCUGGAUUUGAGAGUGCUGAAUGCUUUCAAUAUUUUAUUAGCUCUGUUUGGUAAUGCUGAAUAAUGUAAAAAUGGCUACAUGCACAACAAUUUAUCUCUGUCACAAAAAGGACAGACAGUGUUGCACAGGUGCAGAAUUUUGCUGGUACAAAUCCUUGUCUUGCUGUUGGUGUUUGGCAGCUUGACUGAAAACACAAAAUCUGUGCUUCACGUUUGCUGUUCAGAUAGAGAUACACACAACAAAUCAUUAUCUUUGUUCAUCAGAUGCAUCAAAUUCUUGGAACUCAGUACACAAAAGGAAAUUGGUAUGAACUCCCAUCACCCUUUCAAAGAGUUCGUUACAGCAAAGACAUCUUUUUCAGAAUACAGAUAACCCCUUCAAGCUUCAAACACAGUCUGUAACACUAAUGGAAGUUUCUCUCACGAGUACAUAUCAACCUGAACAUACAUAUCUCAAUAAUAAAACUUCUUUAUCGGAGUAUGUGGAUGUUGUCAUUUAACACCAGUAGGUAGGUAAGCACCAUCAUUCUGCUCUCACACUCCUCUUCCUCAGAAGGACGGGGAGAAAAUGUGAAACAAUGUCAUGUGUUAAGGUAAGGACAGGGACAUCAGUCACUAGUUACUGUCACUAGCAAAACAGACUAGAAGAGUGAGAACUGAAAGCCGACUGAAAACACCACCUCCCCUACCUCUGGUACUUCCCUGCCCUGUCAGUGGCACAGGAGAGCUGGGAGCGGGGCUGCAGUCAGUCUGUAAUGCUUUGUCUCUGCUGCUCCUCCAUGGUUUCUCUCUGCCCCUCCUCCACGUGGGAUCCCUCCAUCCUUCCCAAACUGAUCCUGUGUGGCCUUCCUGCAGGCUGCAGCUGUCCAAGCACUGCCCCGGCACAGCUCUGUACCACAGGGCCCACCCUUUAGGUACUGCCCCACAUGGGUCCCCAUCAGCAGCAGCUCUCCCAGCCCUCCUGCCCCACCAAAGGCUUCUGCCCAUGGGCUACAGCUUCAUCCAGGGGCUGCUUCUGCUGGGGCUCCCCAUGUGCUAUGGCUCCUCCAGGCCUCAUCCGCUGCUGCACCGUGGGCUCCUCCGUGGCUGCAUGUGGAGGUCUGCUCUGUGUGGAACCUGUAGGCUGCAAGAGGAUGCCCGGCUCCUCCAUGGGCCUCUCCUGUGCUGCAGGGAGCUUCUGCUCCAUGCCUGGAGCACAUUCUGUCCUCCUCCUGCGCUGACCUUGAUGGCUGCAGGGCUGCUUCUCUCACAUUUUCUCACUCCUCUCUCCCAGCUGCUGUGAUGCAGCAGUUUUUUCCUUCCUUAUAUCUGCGUAGCUCUUGGCUCAGCUCUGGCGUCUGUGGGACCCUUUUGGAGCAUCUGGAGUUGGCUCUGAUCUGAAAUGGAGCAGCUGCUGGGCUCUGCUUACAGAGCCCAUCCCUGCUACAGCAGAGAGAGAUGCUUACUCAAGUUUAUGGAAGAACUCCAGUGUUUGGCUUGUUUGGGAGUCUGCCCUGGAAUUGCUUCAGCAAACUUUCUGGAAGUAGAUGAAGGAGGCAAUCAUUAUUGAAAAGUUCAUCCAUAAGAUUCCAAAAUAAGUGUGUCUAAACUCCAAGGCUCAUCUUACAACAGUUUAUAGAACUGUGGGAAUGCAUGGGAGACUUCAGAUGGCCUAAGUGGACGUAAAUUGUGUGGCUGUGGAAAGGGGUCAUCCUACAGUUCCAAGCCACCACUGGUGCAGCAGUAGCGUUUUUAUGGAAAUUCUGGUGAUUAACAGUCAUGGCAACCAUAGAGGAACUGGCCCAUCAAAUUAUUGAGCAGCAAAUGGGAGAGAUUACCCAUUCCCAAGGAGCUGUUACACAAACACUAAUGGAUGGGGCAGCACAACGAAUACAGAUCGUCCCUUCAGAUUCAGGCCUCUCUUUACCACAGCGUAUACAGAUUGUCACAGAUCAGCAGACGGGCCAGAAGAUUCAGAUUGUUACAGCACUUGAUCAGAACUCAGCAGGCAAGCAGUUCAUCCUAACAAAUCAUGAUGGCUCUACCCCAAGCAAGGUGAUCCUUGCCAGACAAGAUUCCACUCCAGGAAAAGUUAUCCUAGCAACUCCAGAUGCUGCAGGUGUCAACCAACUGUUUUUUGCAUCCCCUGAUAUAUCUGCACAACACAUCCAGAUUUUAACAGACAACUCUCCCAAUGAGCAGGCCCUAAAUAAAGUGUUUGAUCUGUGUGUUGUGUGUGGAGACAAGGCAUCAGGACGUCACUAUGGAGCAGUAACUUGUGAGGGUUGCAAAGGAUUCUUUAAAAGGAGCAUACGGAAGAAUUUGGUGUAUUCGUGCCGAGGAACAAAGGACUGUGUCAUUAACAAACACCACCGGAAUCGCUGCCAGUACUGCCGGCUGCAGCGAUGCAUCGCCUUCGGAAUGAAACAAGACUCUGUGCAGUGUGAGAGGAAACCUAUCGAAGUGUCAAGAGAAAAGUCUUCUAACUGUGCAGCUUCUACAGAAAAGAUCUACAUUCGGAAAGAUCUUCGCAGCCCAUUGGCUGCAACUCCAACUUUUGUAACAGACAAUGAAACAGCAAGGUCAACAGGUCUGUUGGAAUCAGGAAUGUUCGUUAACAUUCAGUCUGGCAUUAAAAGCGAGCCUACAGUGCUGAUGACUCCAGAUAAGGUUGAAGCCUGUCAGGGAGACUUAAGUACCCUGGCAAAUGUGGUGACAUCUUUAGCAAACCUCAGUAAAUCCAAAGAUCUGUCACAAAGCAGUACAGAGCUGUCUAUGAUUGAGAGUUUAAGUAAUGGAGAUGGAUCGUUACCUGAACUUCAGCAAGAAGAACAAGGAAGUAGUGAUGUUACAAGGGCAUUUGAUACUCUUGCAAAAGCAUUAAAUCCUGGAGAGAGUGCAGCGUGCCAAAACUCUGAAAGUGUUGAGGCCAACGUGCAGCUUGGAGGUGGAGAAACAAGCAUGAAUAUCGUUGAAAUAGAGGGGCCGCUACUCAGUGAUGCACACGUAGCAUUCAGGCUCACCAUGCCUUCUCCUAUGCCCGAAUAUCUUAACGUUCACUAUAUCUGUGAGACUGCCUCCAGGCUGCUUUUCCUGUCCAUGCACUGGGCACGUUCCAUUCCGUCUUUCCAAGCUUUAGGACAGGAUAACAGCAUAUCAUUAGUAAAAGCCUGCUGGAACGAACUUUUUACGCUUGGUCUCGCACAGUGCUCUCAAGUCAUGAAUGUGGCGACUAUAUUGGCUGCGUUUGUUAAUCACCUUCACGACAGCUUACAGCAAGACAAGCUGCCAACAGACAGAGGAAAACUAGUAAUGGAGCACAUCUUCAAACUGCAAGAGUUCUGUAACAGUAUGGUGAAGCUUUGCCUAGAUGGAUAUGAAUAUGCAUAUUUGAAAGCAAUUGUACUCUUCAGUCCUGAUCACCCAGGGCUGGAAAAUGUGGUACAGAUUGAGAAGUUUCAAGAAAAGGCAUACAUGGAGUUCCAAGACUAUGUAACAAAAGCCUAUCCAGAUGAUACUUACAGACUGUCUCGACUUCUUCUCCGAUUGCCUGCCCUGAGGCUGAUGAGUGCUGCCAUUACUGAAGAGCUGUUCUUUGCAGGACUAAUAGGAAACGUUCAGAUUGAUAGCAUCAUCCCGUACAUUCUGCGAAUGGAGACGGCAGACUACAACACUCAAAUAAUCGGUCAUGCCGUAUAAAAGUAGCAAUCAAGGAUUCUGUACCAUGGCAGUCAUGGUGAUGUAAAUGCAUACUCUGUCUCCAAGAGAUGGCAAUAGGCCUUCCCACGCACCUUUCUAAAGAAGACUCGUGUUCCUCCUUUCCAGUACACUUGGGAAAUGCGGUGGAGUGUCUUAAGGAAUAUAGGAUCGCUUCCUAUUUUUCAUCUGAUCUUCAAGGACUUGUAAAUUCACUUGAUAUCUGAGGAAAGUCAAGAAUUGUUCAUCCUAUUUUUGUAGAUAGAUGAACUUGGAAUAUUUGUUUAUGAAAUGCAGGCUUGUGAAGAAACGGAAGAAGCUUUGACUGAACUAAGGUAUCUCAACUUAGUUUGGUGUUUUAGACAAAUAAAUUAAGUUUCCUCUCUGA